GACGCACGGCGUUCGACUUAGUCUCUGGUCAGCGUCAUCGUUCAAAAGUCGUUCUAUCUCGAGAAAAUACGUCUUGUGGCAAAGCGAUCGUCGACAAAAAAAGGAGAGAGGAAAAACAUGCCGGCUCGUAACAAGGAACAGGAGGCUGAGGUGUUGGCUUGGAUCGAGGCUGUCCUAGGAGAAAAGCUACCGCCAGGAAAUUACGAAGAUAUCCUCAAGGAUGGCGUUAUCCUCUGCAAACUUAUCAACAAACUAGCUCCGGGAUCAGUGAAGAAGAUUCAAGCCAAGGGGACCAACUUUCAGCUUAUGGAAAAUGUUCAGAGAUUCCAAGCUGCUAUCAAGGAGUACGGUGUCCCGCAAGAAGAAAUCUUCCAAACAGCUGAUCUCUUCGAAAGACGCAACAUCCCACAAGUAACAUUAUGCUUGUACGCUCUUGGUAGGAUCACGCAAAAGCAUCCUGAAUACACUGGGCCACGUCUAGGACCGAAGAUGUCCGAAGAAAAUAAGAGAUCAUUCACCGAAGAACAGCUCCGAGCAAGCGAAGGACACCUCAAUUUACAAAUGGGUUACAACAAAGGAGCUAGUCAAUCUGGUCAUGGUGGAUUCGGCAACACUCGACACAUGUAAAAGAUCGUAUAUUCGACGCGUAGAAAAACGCAUUCUCAACAAUUCGUAUAGUUAUGAAUACUGUUUUAUUAUUUACUAACGAUCUCCAGACGCGUGAACAAUUCGGGAUAUUCUAGUUGAGAGUAUGUAACGAUAAAUUUAGUAUUUUUUAAAUGAAUAUCUACGAAGAUGUACCAAAUGAUGUAUUUUGUGAUAGGAAAACGGCUACUAUUUUUACAUACAUCCAGUAUACGUUAUCAUAAAAGCGAGAUCUUAUUUAGCAAGAAACGUUAGUUGAUACAUUACACACUACACUCUAUUUAUACACUAAAUACAAUAUACAUCGAUACGACGUACCUAACAAAUACACGAUACAUUCACACAUAUUUACACUUGUACAUGGAACACAUUCUACAUAUAUGUAUACACCAAACAUUAACAUACAACUCGAUGGGCACCUUGCACGAGUAUUUAUUUGUCUCUUAUAAAAACGAAUUUCACGAGCAAUAAAUAAGAUCUCAGCAAUUGCAUUAACGUAAGUGUAAGAUCUUAUCAAAGGUUUUGUAUUAACAUGUUGACUGCGAUCGCGGUCAUCGGUGACUGUCGCCUCAAAUAUAAUAUAAUUAAAUAAUUAAAAGAGAACAAUUUUAAUAGUAUUACUAUUAUACUGAUAAUAUGAAGUAGAAAAUUAAGUGCUCCAGUUUGAAAAUUAACUACAUGCAUCUUUAAUAAUUGUAUCUCUAACGUGCCUUAACACAAGUAUUAUUCGUUUUCAUUACGACGGUCAAUGUGUUCAAUCAUAAAUGAUGUUAAUUAAAAUGAAUAGUGUAAAAAUUUUUUUAAUAUUUGUAACUGUUCGCUAAUUAUUUGCUAAUAACAUGUAAACGACAAAAGGAAUAAAAAAGACCUCGCUGCUAUUUUCUAUUA